CAAAAAUUUACAUAAAUAACAUAAAAUCAAAUGAGUUUUUGUAACUUAAAAUUUAUGUGCAGAGUGCUGAGUGACUGUGAGUCUUUGCUUUUUAUCGUGCACGUAUCGAAUAACAACUAAACAUCAAAAACUAAUGCUAAACAACAUGCAACACAAUUAAAGUGACACACACACACACAAGCAGCAUAAUGUGGCAUGCAACAUUAAACUGUGAGCAUAGCUCCAAUUCAAAUUCAAUUGGAAACUCUUGCUGCUGCCCAAGACUGCAGCCAACUGGCGCAGCCUCCAGAGCUAGAGCUGCAGCUAUUGUUCCUUUGGAUUGCAACACAUUCCUGCGUCUUUGUUGCCUGUUGCUGCUGCUGCUGGGUCUGACGCUGGCGGCGCCACAAAGCAGCUGCAUACUCUGUGAUAAAGAGGAUCUGCGUCCUAGAGAGCCAACCAUAAGCAAUAGCUAUGAGGAGUUUACAUUCGAUCAUCAAGUGUCGCGCCAGGAGGCUAUAGCAGCGCUAAAAAAGUUUAAUGACUCUGCUUAUUUUAGCACACAGAUUGCUUGCAAUUCGCGAAAAUGCAGCGCAGAUGUGAUUAGAUAUUGUUUGGGCUCGCAGUUUAUAAACGAUCAUUGCUGGUGCGAGCUGCAGCAUCGAGAAGAGGGAUUACCUUAUGUGCCCCAUAUAUGCUAUGUGGGUGAAAAGGUCUAUAAACCUUCAAUUGGCUCUUGCUACCAGUUCGAGGAGAUUAAGGAAUGCUGCUGUGCAUCCGCUUUGGCCAAAGAGUGGCGACACAUUUCGGGAGCUACAUGGAAUAUACCAAAAAUCGCACUUACGACAACGCUAACUAUGCUUAGUCUACUGCACUGGCGAACCAGUUGGCAUAAACGUUAAAGCUGUUGCCACAAAUCCUCCACAUAUAGUCAUAGUUUAAUAGAGCAGGCCCGCCAUUGAUAAGUGUACUUAGUUCAAAGUGUCCAAAAACGCAAAUCAAAACAUAGUCGCUAAGCUUUAUGUGUAUGUAUAUAUGUAUAUGUAUAUUUAAGCGUU